GGGCCGGGGCGCCGCCGCCGCCGAGCCCCUUCGCGUUCGCUUUAUUCUUCCCUCGGGGCCGCUACCGGGAGCUGAGUUACGGGAGAGCCCCGACCCUCCGCCGGCUCCGUGAACUCGCACCAAUGGCUGCCAGGUCCGUCCUGAGCUAGGACACGGGCUCUCCAUGGCACCUCCUCCCCGCAGCCUCGCCCCGUAGGACCUUCCUGCCGUUACUUCGUGCCCCAGCCCCAGGAUGCCGAUGGCGAACGGCCCGGCGGUGCCGCUGGGCAAGCUGCAGCAGCAGCUGGAGCUGCUCCUGGUCUGCUCCAAGUGCAGCGUGAGGGAAAACGAGAUCAUCUACCAGCUGCGAGAGGUGGAGCACAAGUGCAUGUACGAGAUCCUCCUGGCGCGCUUCCGCGGCCGCCGCAACGCAGCCUGGAAGAAGGUGUCCAGGCGGCCCGGCUUCCCCACGCCGGCCCACUACGCCGUCUGCAGGUACUAUGUGGCGGGGCUGGGCUGCAGCAAGCAUAAGAGCCAGUGCACCUUCGCCUGGAGCCCCGAGGAGGCCGCGGUGUGGAACUUCGAGCGGGAGCAGCAGCUGGAGCGGCGGUGGCUGAAGGCCGAGGUGCUGCAGGCGCAGCUCGGGGCUCGUCCCGCGGCCGGCGCUGCCACCGAGGCGGCCGGCGACAUCACCAGCGAGUUCGGGGGCCACUUCCAGGAGAUCUGCAAGCGCUGCUUCUUGGGCUGCCCACAGCGCGUGUCGGCGGGCGGCCGGGGCCGGCUCUGCGACACGCACCGCGCCGGGGAGCCGCUCCUGGUGCACGUGGUGUCCGACAGCCGCAGGAAGCAGCAGUACACGGCCGUCCGGCCCUGCCCCGAGGCCAUGACGACCUUCAGCUACUGCAGGUUCGUGUCCAGGGGCCGGCCCUGCAAGCACGGCCCCCAGCGCUGCCGCUACGCACACAGCGACGUGGAGAAGGCCGUGUGGGAGGCCGAGAGGGAGCGCGGCCUGGAGCGCCGCGACCUGCUGCGGCCCCGCGCCUGCGACGGCAGAGCGGCCGCCCCGGCGCCCGUGCACUUCUACUGCCGGCUCUGCCUGGUGACCUUCGGCUCGCAGGAGAGCUUCGAGAGCCACUGCUCCUCCGUGGAGCACGUGCAGAUGCUGUCGGUCGACACGUCUGUGCAGUGGGCUCACCGCGCCCCGCCGCUCGGGCUCACCAAGUUCUCGCUGUGCAGCAGAGCGGAGGUGUGUGAAAUGGGGAAGAGCUGCACCAAGGCACAUUCCCGUGAGGAGCUGCAGGAGUGGAUCCAGAGGGUGAAGGUGGCUGCCAAGAAGAAGCAGCAGGCGCUGAAGGAAGGGCUCCUGUCCUACCAGGACCGGCUCAUCGCCGAGUACCGGACGUGCUCCAACGAGGUGUUGAUUAUCUCUGAGCACGUCGAGGGUGUCAGAGUCACGUGUGAGCAGCCCCUGCAUGUGCAGCUGGAGGACAGGAGGAUGAAAUACCAGUGGAAGUUCACGGUCCACUCCAAGAAGCCUCUGCGGCACGUGGCGCUCCUGAAGAGGGAACCCGGAGUCACCUUCUACCUGUCUGGGAACGGGCUGUCCCGGGGCACCCAGUACCUGCGUGGGGAGCACGUGGCCACGCCGCCGUCCUCUCCGUCCUCCGCGCUGGUCGAGGUCUCUGUGGAGUGCUGCACCUUGGGGGUCUUCGAGCAGUGGGUGGUGUUUGACUUCGGCGAGCGGCCCGUCCUCAUGCAGAAGGUGAAGGUGAAGGUGGGGCGUCAGGAGCCGCCCCAGCACGGCCCCGGCAGCAGGGACGGCAGCCGCCCCGUCAACUUUGUGCGAUGGGACAGAGGAAACCGGAUCAUCGUCCCCAGCGUGCCCAGGACCAGUGAGGAGAUGGAUCUGCUGGCCAAGUACAAACCCCCCGCCCUGGCUCUGGAUUACCAGCGCGAGGGUGCUGCCAGUGUGCCCAUCACCCGGCUCAACUACCGCGAGAGGAUGCACAGCUUCCUGUUCCGCGAGGAGGAGGCUGAGCAGGCUCUGAUUGCCAAGCUGAACCUGCGGGUCCUCAUCUCGCUGACCUCCAUGCUGCAAAGCCUGUCCGUGGGGAUGAAGCUUGCCCACUCUGGUGAGCUGUUUGCUGAAGUGCCUACCCCUUACAACCUCUCUCCGGACACAGACGAGGGGUAUCUCCUGAGCAGGUCUGUGCCCACGGCUUUCCUGGCACUUGACCCACCUGAGGACAAUCGGGUUUACGAGGUUAGUGUGGAGCAUAAAGCCACCACAGAGAACACCAUCUGGCUACACAUACCAAAGAGAUGCCGCUCGGAGCUGAACUUUGAGCCGGGCACUUGUCACAAGGUGGAGAUCCAGUUCCAAAUCGACCAGCUGCUGUUCCGGCAGUGGCACCAGGCUGUGGAUCGCCUCUUGGAUGAGAAGCUCGUCCUACCAGAUGUUGCCAGUUGCUCUGUCCCCUGCUCUCCACAGUCACCACAGAAGGGGAACAGCAAGCAGAAACGAGCCAUCUCCUUCAUCACAGGGCAGGUGACCAGCAACAGGCCCGUCCCACCUCUUCUCAUCUACGGGCCUUUCGGCACGGGGAAGACGUUCACCUUGGCCAUGGCCACCAUGGAGAUCCUCAAGCAGCCCAAGGCACGGGUGCUGAUCUGCACUCACACCAACAGUGCUGCUGACAUCUACAUCCGGGAGUAUUUCCAUCACUACGUGACCAGUGGACACCCCUGGGCCGUCCCUUGGCGCAUUAUAUCCACGGACCGGCCCGUCAGCAUGACAGACCCCAUCACACUGAUGUACUGCUGCCUCGCGCCCGACCAGCGCUCCUUCCGCCACCCCACGCCCGAGGAGAUCGACAAGCGCCACGUCGUCAUCACCACCUCCAUGCUCUCCAAGAACCUGAAGGUUCCCCCCGGCUACUUCACCCACAUCAUGAUCGACGAGGCCGCGCAGAUGCUGGAGUGCGAAGCUUUGGUCCCGCUCUCCUACGCCACGUUUGACACUCGGAUCGUCCUGGCCGGGGAUCACAUGCAGAUAACCCCAAAGCUGUUCAGCGUCAGGGACGGGCAGUCUGCCGAUCACACCCUGUUAAACAGACUCUUUCAGUUCUACCAGAAGGAGAGGCACGAAGUGGCCAUGAAGAGCAGGAUCAUCUUCAGCGAGAAUUACCGUUCCACCGCGGGGAUCAUCGAGUUUGUCUCCAGGCACUUCUACGUGGGCAAAGGCAACGCCAUCCAAGCCAGUGGCAACAUCCCAGCCCACCCCGACAUCUACCCCCUCAUGUUCUGCCACGUGUCUGGCGUGGCCGAGAGGGAUAUGUCCAUGAUUUCUUGGCACAACAGCUCUGAGAUAAUGCAAGUGACUGAGAAGGUGAAGGAGAUCUAUCAGAGGUGGCCGGACGAGUGGGGUGAACGAAACCUGAAGAGGAUCUGUGUGGUGUCCCACGGCGGGCAGGUUUCUGCAACAAGGCAAGAGCUGAGGAAAAACCAUUUGCAAGAUGUGGUGGUCGAAAACUAUGAAAACUUGCCAGGGCGGGAGUUCCGGGUCAUCAUCGUCAGCACGGUCCACACCAGCGAGAGCCUGCGCGUCUCGGCCACCCACCACCUCGAGUUCUUCAACGAAGCCAGAGUGCUCAACACCAUCAUGACCCGGGCUCAGUCGCUGGUGGUCGCGGUGGGGGACGCCGUGGCCUUGUGCUCCCACGGCCAAUGCAGCAAGGUGUGGAAGCACUUCAUCCAGCAGUGCAUCGAGAACAGGAGCAUCUUCCCAGAGGGCCUGACGAUGGCCCAGGUCAAGCAGGCUGCGUGCGACAAGGAGAGCUGGAGCAGGAGCCUGGAGGGGGAUGAGGAGGACAGCGAUACGGAUUCCUCGAGCUCUGAGGCCGAGAGCAUAAAUCCCGACGAUCCCAUCCUGCAAGAGCUCUUGGAUGAGAGCAAGAACGUGCUGGUGACGGUGUCUGAAGACGGGCUGCUGAACGUGAGGUCUGAGACUUCAAACCAGCCGGGGGACAGGCAAGAGUACGUCAGCUUCUCCUCUCAGCUGAUGCAGGAGUAUCUGCGCAGGCACCCCAACAUGUACAAGAGGUGCGAGCUGGUCAAAGAGAGGUUCGACAAAGCCUCUGCCUUCACCCUCAACGACUCCCCCGCCAUGAGCAUUCAGAUCAAAGGCAGGGUGCACUGCGGGACAGCCUUCACCGGGGACGAGGUGCUGGUGGAGAUCCUGCAGAGCCCCACGGCCGACAGCGGCAGCCAUCGCCCCCAGGGCAAGGUGGUGGGCAUCCUGAAGCGUGGGGACAGAGAACGCACCUUCAUCUGCAUGAUGGACGAGUUCGACCCCUGCGUGAUGACGCCCAUCGAUCCCACCGUCACCAAAAUCUUUGUCCCGGGGCUGAAAGAGAAACCCAACGUCAUCCCCAUUCGCAGGCGGGUCAAUGGGAAGUACAAGGUGGUCAGCUGGGAGAAGAUCAGCCAGGAGACGAGGAGGUGCCAGUUGUUCUGUGUGCAGGUGAUCUGCUGGCGUGAAGGGUUUUACUUCCCUCUGGGGAUAAUAACCGAGAUAAAGAAUGUGGCGUUGACUUUGGAAGAAGGCUUAAAGAUCCUCGACUUGGAGUACAGCUUUGAGAAGAAAUACCCAGCUGCUGUCAUCAAGGAGUCAGCCAGAUACACCUCCAGCAGCAAACUAAACCUCACCCAGGAAAAUCUGGAGGACUGCCGGAGUUACCCGACCUUCACGGUGGAUCCCCAAGGCGCCAGGGAUCUGGACGACGCCAUCAGCGUCCGCGACCUCGGGUGUCACUACGAGAUCGGGAUCCACAUUGCAGAUGUGGCUGGCAUCAUUCCCAAAGGCAGUGCCUUGGACCUGGAAGCGAAGAAGCGGGGUGUCACUUACUACCCUCCCAACCAGGACCCUCUCUGCAUGUUCCCACCCCACAUUAGCCAGGACGUCUGCAGCCUCCUGCCGGAGAAGGAUCGUCGGGUGAUCUCCUUGUUCAUUACCAUAGACAAGGAGACUGAUCAAGUGCUGGAGAGGGGCUUCUUCAUCUCGCUGAUCCGCUCGAACUGUCAGCUGUCCUACGAAGACGCAGAGCGCUGCAUUAAGCAGUGCUACGUGAGAGGGGCAAGGGACCUUUGUUUCAGUACCCUGGGGGACUGUGUAGCUGUGGCUUAUCACUUCUCCAGGACCCAGCGGAAGCUUCGGCUGCGGGACGACUGUUUCUAUGAGCGACUGGACGAGGAAACCUCCCCCGGUAACAGGGUGUCCCAUCAGAUGAUAGAGGAGUUGAUGAUCAUGUUCAACAGCUACGUGGCCGAGUACCUGACCAACCAGGAGAACACCAGGAGCGUCACUCCUCUGCGGUGUCAGUGCAAGCCAAGUGCUCAGCAGUUAUCCGCCAUGAGAAACAAGUACGGCCACAUCCUUCCUUUGUCCAUCCAUCUCUCACACCACCUGGGAGAGUCGCCUCCUGGCCAGGACCCCUCUAAAAAUGUGGAGUUCAGUCUCCUGACCCCCAUCUGGAAGCACCUACAGUCAGCUGCUAAAGCCCGUGACUACCACAAGAUGCUGGACCUUAUCGUCACCGACGACAUCCACCCGAAGCUGGCCCCCGUGGCCCUGGAGUUCAGGAGGCUGCUCAGCCGCUCCUAUUUCUGUCGCUCCAACUCCACUGUCCUGUCCAAAGUGGGUCACUACUCGCUGCACGUUGACUCCUACACUUGGGCUUCCUCUCCCAUCCGCCGGUACGUGGACGUCGUGGUCCAGCGGCACCUUCACUCUGUGCUCCGCAAGAGGCCCGUCAUCUAUUCCGCGGAUGACAUCGAGUUCCUGUGUCAUGACUUCAACAGGAAGAACUCCCAGCUGAUGGCGUAUGAGAAGAAAGCCCACAGCCUGCAGAUGGCCACCCAGCUGAAGAGCCAGGUCCUGCAGAAGUUCGCCUUCGUAGUGGACAUCCAAGGGGUGAGCAAGUCUUUUCAAGCCCUGUUUCCGCUGAACCAAGAGACCCUUCCAGAUCUCCAUAAGAUUAACUACAAGUCUCUUCAGCUGACGGAGCAGCCCGUGUUCCUCCAGCAGCAGAACGGCGUCAGGCUGACGUGGAAGAGGAGGGUGUACUCCAUGGGGACGGUGCCGCAGGAGCACAGGCUGCACGAGGGUCUUCUCCACGACCACCGCGUCACCCUCUUCAGCCCCCACACCUGGCAAAACCUGCUCAGUGCCGUCAGGCGGGAGGAGUUCGAGACCGCUGCCGCCCUCCUCCAGGACUGCAAGCAGCUCUACAAGCGGCAGAUGGGCAGGGUGAGGAGGAGCCAGGGCAUGGACUACGUGGAGCUGUCGCUGGAGCUGAGCGCCGGCGACGUGCUGCAGUUCCAGCUGGCCACCGAGGUGUGCCGGGGCUUCCUGGUGCCCUUCGUGCAGCUGUGGUGCGUGACGCCGGGCUUUGACGUCUGCCUGCAGCACACGGAGAAGCCCAUCAACUGCUUCUCUGCCUACGCCACGCUGCCAUCCAAGGACAGGUACAAGCACGCAGCGGAGUACAACAAGGUGUGGAUGCCCAUGAGCGCCAUGGAGUCCGUGUCCUGUGCCGUGGCUGAGAACGACUCCAUCGUCAUCCAUGGCGUGGAAAUCAAGUGGGCAAAGCAAAGGACGAGCAAAGGGCAGCUGCAGGGGAGCUUCCAGCUCCACAAGCAGUUUUUGGAGCAGUGCUCCAUCGACCUGGACUUCAACAACUGUUACUUGUGCGUUCGCUUGGCUGGGCUGAAGGUCAAGAGCCUUCAAAGCGAUGAGGAAUGCCUCAGCCAGGGCCUCCAGAACCUGACUUUGCUUCACAAGGACAAGGCAGGGAGCAAACUCAGUGUCGAUCCAGACACCUACACCUGGGUGGCUCACGGGGUCACUGAAGAGUUCGGCGAGGAUGGGAAGUCAGACAGGACCAGUCAGCAGACCAUGAACUUUUACAUCCACUGUAUGUCCAUGGAGACCAUCCCUGUGGAAAUCUCAGAGGCCUCUGCCAGGUUCACGGUGGAGCUCAUACCAAAGCUGCUGCCAGACAUACGGAAGGAAAAUGCAAUUUGGAGCCUGAACCACGCCUCUGAGCUCGUGAAAAGCAUCGCCCUCGGCCACGAGCCCCCUAAGAGAGUGACAACAUCCAGAAUCCUGCAGCAAAAAUCCUUUGAUCUCCCCGGCAGCUACAAGAAGCUUAACGAGAGUCAGAACCAGGCAAUUCUGAAUGCUCUGAGGAAACCCUUCACACUCAUCCAAGGCCCACCAGGCACUGGGAAAACAGUUGUUGGGACUCACAUUGUCUACUGGUUCCAUCGGCUGAACGAGGAGAGCGUGGAGAGGGAGCAGAGGCUGCCCCCCGAGGGGGAAAAGCCCCACGGCAGAAAGUGCAUCUUGUACUGUGGCCCAUCCAACAAGUCCGUUGAUGUUGUCGCUGAGAUGCUGCUGAGGAUGAAGGAUCUGAAACCACUGAGGGUUUACGGGGAGGCCAUUGAAACGAUGGAAUUCCCCUACCCAGGCAGCAACCGGCACCUCUACCGCAAAUCCUUGCGGGAUGCGAAACCAAAGCAUGAGCUGAGUGAGAUCAUCCUGCACCAUCGCAUCCGGCGGCCACCCAACCCCGGGCACAGGGACAUCUGCAACUUCGACGCUCGGAUGAGGAGGGGAGAGCAGAUAACAGAAGAGGAAACAAAGAAGUACAAGAUGCAGUUGGCAGCUGCUCGUGCCUAUGAACUGGCGUGUCACGAUGUCAUCCUGUGCACGUGCUCUGCUGCAUCUGCCUCCUCCCUGGAGAAGCUCAAUGUCAAGCAGAUCAUCAUCGAUGAGUGUGCCAUGUCCACAGAGCCUGAGACGCUCAUCCCCUUGGUCAGCCACAGCCAUGCUGAGAAGGUGGUUUUGCUGGGAGAUCACAAACAGCUGCGGCCUGUGGUCAACAACGACUUCUGCAAGAGCCUGGGCAUGGAGACGUCUCUGUUCGAGCGGUACCGGGAGCAGGCGUGGAUGCUGGACGUGCAGUACCGCAUGCACAAAAGCAUCUGCAAGUUCCCAUCGCAGGAGUUCUACGAAACGCGGCUAAAGACGUGUCCCCAGCUGAGCCGCAGACACAGCGUGUUCCACCACCGGGACUGCGGCUGCUGCCCCAUCGUCUUCGGGCACGUGGAGGGGAAGGAGCAGAGCCUCAUGAUUUCUACUGAGGAAGGAAAUGAGAACUCCAAAGCCAACCUAGAGGAAGCGAUGCAGGCGGUGAGGCUGGCGAAGCAGCUGACACUAGAUGGCACCAUCAAGCCGGAGAGCAUCGCCAUCCUGAGCCCCUACAGCGCCCAGGUGUCCGAGAUCAACAAGAGCCUCCACAGGGAGGGCGUCAGCGGAGUCACCGUCUGCACCAUCACGAAGAGCCAAGGGAGUGAGUGGAGAUACGUGAUCCUGUCGACUGUACGCUCCUGCCCACGGUCAGAGAUCGACAGGAAGCCCACCAAGAGCUGGCAGAAGAAGUACCUGGGGUUUAUUACUGACCCCAACCAGGUCAAUGUCGGCAUCACACGAGCUCAGGAAGGACUCUGCAUUUUAGGGAACCAGUACCUGCUGGAGUGCAACCCUUUGUGGAGGAGGCUGCUGCAGCACUACCGGCAGCACAACUGCUCUGCUGCAGCCCAGGACAUCCUCGUCAGGAAGAGUUUGGCCUUCCAGCGCUGAGGAUGGGCUGGACCUCCAGGAGCUCACCCCUCCCCCUGAACUGCCUGAUGUGUGCCUUGGGAAGGAGGAAAUCUUUCCAUCAGUGAAUGACCUACGGGACCAAAUGCAGAGAGGGAGUUGGGAUGUUCCUCUGCAGGGUGCCAGCUCAGCCUGGCCUUGUGCUCUGGCAUCCUGGGGCGGGGGUUUCAUCCUUGUGCCCUUGGACAGGAACUUUCAGCUCUAGCAAACCAAAAAGCAUUGGAAAUGGAUGGAUUGGGGGGGAGGGGGUGACUUUCUUAAUGAUGAUAGUAUUUUUUUACCUGUGAGAGGCUCAGCAGAGCCCCCAUCCAUCCCAGCAGCCAGUGCUGCUGCGCUUCGGGGACCAAACGGGCCGUCGGUCGAGGAUAGAAUGAGCUGCAGGACCAAAGCUGCUGAGUGCUGCCACUCGCUUUCAAAACCAAGACCAGGGGAUUUUUAAAGGAUUCUUACUUCUCAAAGCAGAGAAAACAAUUUGUGUUGUCCUGAGGUGUGUGUGUGGGGGGAGUUUUUAAGCAAAGGAAGAAGCACAGAGAGAGCCACGUGCCACAGUUGCCUGGCUGCAGCUGUUCUCGCAGCGUUCGUCACGGAGCCAAGGCCAAGCUGGUCUUGUAAAUGGGUUUCCAUGCUCUUUGUGCAAAGGAUGUGUCCUCACCUGGUGAGUAACGACAGGCAAGGGCCAGUCCUACCAGGAAACGUGGGAAUUUGUAAGUGUGUUGUGUUUUCUGUGAAGGCUCCUCCACUCAGAGCCCCCUUUCCUGUGAUUUUAAAGCUGCUUCUAAUUUAUUGACUUUUAACUCUGUGACUCUGUUUCACAGUCUUAACAGCCCGAGGUUUGAAGAGUGGUGAUGGAAAUGUGAUAAAUGGAGCACAGCAUAUCUGUGUAUACUGUAUGUUGUGGUUUAUUUAAGUAGCCCCACUGCUGCAGACUGGGAGCUGCGACUGUGCAGCUGCAGGAGGCUGCUCCUGCCUGGGCACGGCUCAUGGGGCAGAUCUGUGCUGGGGAAGAGGUGCUCUCUGCCUUAUCACAGAGCUGCUUGUGUGAAGCACCAUCUUUUUGAGGGAGGGGGUGUCUUUUUAUCUCAUUUCAAUUCUGAAUGUAUGAAGUGCCUGUCUCAGGAGCACACGCCUGGCUGGCUGCAGACGUUGGCCUGGGCUGGAGCUGAGGUGCAGUGCUGGGACACACACAGCGUCCUGGCUGUGAGCCAAGGGGGCCUGGGGCUUCCCAGCCCUGUGGCAGGGAGGAAUUUUGUCCUGUGUUUGCAAGUGCAGCAAGGCUCUUUCCAGCAGGGAGGGAUGUGCAAUACGAGGGUGUUGUGUCCAGAACGGUCCCUGUUUGACGCCGUGUCUCUGCUCAUGACUCUGUUCCUGGGUGAGAAAUGCUCUUGUUCUCUUUCUUAUUUUAAACACCUUCCUGCACUUCUGCAUUUAGUGGGUUUGACCCAGGCUUGCUGUUGGCUUACUGAAGCAGAAGUGGUGGGGCCUGGAAGGACCCUGCAGAGCUGCUCCAGCCCAACCCCUGCUCCAGCAGGUUCCCCCGGCUCAUGGGGCACAGGAACGUGUCCAGGUGGGGUUGGAAACCUCCUGAGAAGGAGCCUCCACACCCUCCCUGGGCAGCCUGGGCCAGGGCUCCCUCACCUGAAGAACAAAGGAGUUUCUCCUAGUAUAAUAACAGGCACAUGGCUGGUGAUGCCAUGGGGGACAGGAGCCCAUAGGAAGGAAUUCCCACUGUUUUUGAAGUAGCCUGAUAGAAGCUGGGAAGGUGUAAAGUUCAUUGUUCUUUGCUGUCACCCCAGCUGAGGUCUUAAAGCUUCUGCACCAGGCUGCUUUUGCUAAUGUUAUUGCAAAAUAAGCUUUUAGAGGGAUCAUUUUGUGGACAGCUGAGAUCAGGCAGGGACGUGUGGGAAAUGGCAGGAGAUGCUGGAAUUGGGAUAAGUGCUUCAGCACAGUGCCAGCAUCAUUCUGAAUGUCACCUCAGUCCUUUAGAACUGAUGGGCCUCAUUUUCCUGAGCUGAUGUAAGAGAAGAGUCUCUCCUCCAGGUGUUUUUUUUAGCUGGUUGUUUUAUCUGUAACACAAAUGAAGAGACUCACACACUCACCCCAGGUGUGAUGGCUCGGUGGGGUUUGGCCACGUGUCUGCAUAGCUCAAGGAGGAGACCUCACAAAGCAUCUCCCUUUGCCCUCAGCAGCAGCAAAUAGAUAUUUACUGCUACUCCUUGGAGGGUAAAGCUUGGACUGAAAUGCUUUCCUUGGUGACUUGUGUUGCAAGACAAUGUACACACGUGGUUUCGUCCUUUGCAGAUGCAUUUUAUAGCUGGUGUUUGGCAAAUGGUGCUCUGGAGCACCCAGGCAGCAGACCCAGCCAGGCUGGACUCUGGAGCUGUGGGCAGGGACCUGGGAGUUGGUCACAGAGCUGCAAGAGUCAGGGAUAGCAGAAAGUGCAAUUAAUCAGUUAUUAGAGACUGUGAGUGAGAGCUGAACGUUGUGUUCUCAUCCUUGUGCUCCCAGAGAAGAGUCAUAGACACCGAGGGGAGACAGUUCAGAGCAGUCUGGGGCCACCUGCACACUGAGCUCUGCAUUUCCUUUUGAAUGAGUUUGAUGUUCCAGCACAAGCUCUUAAAAACACUUGUUAAAAACCCCCAAAGCCACCAAAGCUUUGGUCACUGCCAAGGCAGAGGCAGCGUGGGGCACAGGGUGUCUGCUGGUCACAGGCUCUGCACCUCCCACAGCUCCCAAAGGAAGGCUGGGGAGGGACAGGAGCCGUGGUUCCUGCAGCAGCACAACUUCUGAGUCAUGCUCCAGCACUCUCUGAGAGCUCGAGCCCCUGCUGCACUGGGCUGUGGUGGUCCCUGCAGUGGCAGCCACACCAUUGCCCUGUGUCCCACUGGCACUGCCAGGGAUGCCCCAACCCACCCAGAGCUAGGAAAGAGGUUUCCUAGGAGAGGUCCUUGGCUCCAGCUGGUGAAGGAGGAGCCCAAAGGACUCAGUUUUGGUGCAGGAUUUGGCCAGGUGUGUGUAGGACAAUCAGUUUACUGCAAUAAAUCGUUAGACAAUGGCAAUGACCCGUGAGGUGUCCUGGAGGGUGACUCAAGGAGCUUCCAGGGGGGCAGGUUUUUAUCUUUUGUAUGGCUGUGACUCACAGCAAACCUCAAAUGAUGUUUUGGAUACAAAUAUUUGUACCUGCUUCUACUGUUUCUAAGAAUGAACCUCAGCAUCCCUUUGGGGUUUUUUGUUGUUUUAUAUUUAAGCCAUAAUUGUAAAGAAAUGAUUGGGGUUUAUUUAACUAAUAAAUUUUAAUAGUAAAA